CGCGUGUCGGGUGGCAACGGGCGGGGAGCAUCCCGAGACAGCUCCCGAGACAGCUCCGCGGGAGCGGAGAUUGUGAUUUGGAGUCGUGGAGAAUUCACAGUCUUUCCACAAUGGCGGAAAGGACAGAUUAUACAAAAUCACAAAUUUCACUGGCUGAAUACAGCCCCGUCAAUAAAUCAGAAAGGACAGAUCAAAGUGGAACACAGGAUGGAGACCAAAAUACAUUGCAACUGAAGAAAGAAAUAUCUUUAAUAAAUGGGAUAAGCCUUAUAGUAGGCAACAUGAUUGGUUCAGGUAUCUUUGUCUCGCCCAAAGGAGUUCUCAUCUACAGCAAAUCUUACGGAUUGUCUUUAAUAAUUUGGGCAGUUGGAGGGAUAUUUUCAGUCUUUGGAGCUCUCUGCUAUGCUGAACUUGGAACCACUAUUACAAAGUCAGGAGCCAGCUAUGCAUAUAUCUUGGAGUCUUUUGGGAGCUUCAUUGCUUUUAUUCGUUUGUGGACCUCACUCCUGAUUGUUGAACCAACCAGUCAGGCAAUCAUUGCCAUCACCUUUGCUAACUACAUAGUUCAGCCUUUCUUCCCUUCUUGUGACCCUCCGUAUGUGGCUUGUCGUCUCAUAGCAGCUGCUUGUGAAUGUCUUUUAACAUUUGUAAAUUGUGCCUAUGUUAAGUGGGGCACACGUGUGCAGGAUGUAUUUACUUACGCUAAAGUCGCUGCUCUUAUUGCCAUCAUCAUCGCUGGACUUGUUCAAAUCUGCCAGGGACACACAUGGCACUUUAAGAACUCUUUUGAGGGAUCCUCUACUGAUAUUGGAGAAAUCUCCCUUGCAUUAUAUUCUGCCUUGUUUUCUUACUCUGGUUGGGAUACACUCAAUUAUGUAACAGAAGAAAUCAAAAACCCAGAAAGGAAUUUGCCUCUGGCUAUUGCAGUGUCUAUGCCAAUUGUGACUAUUAUCUAUAUUAUGACCAAUAUAGCUUACUAUACCGUGCUGGAUGCUCACUCUGUCCUCUCUAGUGAUGCUGUGGCAGUGACAUUUGCUGACAAGAUAUUUGGCAUGUUCAGCUGGACAAUUCCCAUUGCUGUAGCCUUUUCUUGCUUUGGUGGACUUAAUGCUUCAAUUCUAGCAUCAUCAAGGCUAUUUUUUGUAGGAUCUCGGGAAGGUCACCUUCCUGAUCUGUUGUCUAUGAUCCACAUAAAGAGGUUCACACCCGUGCCAGCUCUGCUCUUCAAUUGUUUUAUGACCCUUAUUUACCUGGCUGUGGAAGAUGUCUUCAAGCUGAUUAAUUACUUCAGCUUCAGUUACUGGUUUUUUGUUGGUCUGUCUAUUGCUGGGCAGUUAUAUCUACGCUGGAAAGAACCAGAUCGGCCAAGACCUCUUAAGCUGAGUCUGGCUUUCCCAAUAAUAUUCUGUAUAUGCACAAUAUUUCUGGUGGUAGUGCCACUCUAUAGUGACUUUAUAAAUUCAGUGAUUGGAAUUGCUAUUGCUUUAUCUGGAAUUCCAUUCUUUUUCUUGGGAGUCUAUUUACCUGCAUCAAGGAGACCUCAAUUUAUUAAUAAGAUUAUGGGUGCUGUCACACGAAACAUUCAGCUGCUCUGUUACUGUGUUUUAACAGAGAUGGACCCAAAUGAAGAAAAGAAACCAGAAAUCAAAUCCAAGUAAAGUUUAAAGCCUUUACAGGAAGCAGGAGGGAGGAUAAAGUAAUUACACAAAUCAAAGGGAAGAGCUGGAACUGGAAGACACAGAAAAACUGUUUUCAGUGGUCUUUCAGAAAUGCUGAAAAUCUUACUCGUUGCAGAUGGAUUCCAACGUGGAUCAUGCCCUUGUGUCAUCCUCCUAAACUGUGGCAUGUUUUCAGGGCAGGUUUUCAUUGGAUAAUGAUUACCUACUCAUUACCUACUCACACAAGCUGUGUGUCAAUACUGUUUCUUCUUCAGAAUUGGUAUGAAAAUGGUAAGAGCUAAUGGAUCAAAUUAGAUUUCUACAGAACCAGGUGGUGAAGUAAUGCAUUAUUGCGUCAGACUGAAACCCACUUUGACUCCAAAGACGAAGUCAUUUCCAGCUUAAUUCUGACGGACGCUUGCAUGAAAUGAUUUGCUAUACUAUGUCAGUUCUUUUCCCAGAAGAAAACUGGUCACAACAAACUACUUCAUUUGUUUUUCUGCCCCUAAUGAUAAAUUAAGUUCUACUCCAUUAUUUAUAGACUGAACCAACCUUUCUCCCUUAAAGAUUUUAUUCUCUAUGCUACAUGGAAAUGUAUGUGACUGUGGGAAGGAUUUAAUCAGCUAAGCACCUUGCCACUGAAGAUUUGAUUAAUGGUUGAUUUUUUUCUUGUUUACUUGUUAGUACUUUGUAAAUUACUGCUAGGUUUUAUGAAACUUCCAAAAUUAAAACAUUCAGUUUGAAGCCUGUAAACAUUUGUUUGUGAACUGUUUCAGUGAAGACAGUAGCUGAGUUACCUCAGCAGUCAGAAAAUUCCCGUUAUAAAUUUCAGUGCUGUUCACUAGGAAGUGACCAUCUAAAACCUCCCAGAAAGAGCUUUUUUUUUUCCUUCUAUUGCAGAAUUUCUGUGGCAGAUACUAGAUCUUGACAGCUAAGUAGCACGGAGAAAAACUAGAAAUAAAAACAAAAGUAAAAGGUGCUACUGUAGCAUAUACAUGCUGAUUCAUAGUCUGUGGAAUUCCAAAGCUGUAAGCCUUAAAUCAGGAGAGUUUUGAUACUGAAUUUUGGUGCAGAAAAAGGCAACAAGAAGCUUGUUUGUCUGGCAAAGUGAGAUGUACUUCAAAAACAUACCUGAGAUUUUUACCUUCUGUCUAUCUCAGUUGACCUGAGUUUGGCCAGAUGUAUGGUUUUGUGCAUUUAAGUUGAAUUAAAUCUUGUAAUUACAAGACUAUGGUGAAGCAAUACAUACUUCAAAGGGUGCACCACAGUUGCAUCAGUGACCUGAAUAAUAGUGAGGAUACUGGAAUUUUUGCACUGCCAUGUUAACCUUUCUCUGAAGCAAACAAAAAUACCUUGCUUCCACUCCUUUGUUAUUACCAGUCAAGACUGACUGGCCUAAGUACUGCUGCAGCCUCCAGUUCAUGAAUGACACUGACCAGCUAAGAGCUAAUCCUAUCAGCUGUUUUUUACAGAC